AAGAGUUGGGUGAUGAUGGAAUUAAGUAGAUCAUCUCCCAUAAGAAGUCUUAAACGAAAACGGCUAAACCCUAACAGUGGAAGCGCAGAGUGUGUGAGUGUGACAAGACAAGAAACCAUGAACAAGACUGUUCUUCCUCAAUCUUCAUCCAACAAACCUAAGCCCCCUUUCAAGCCUGCAAAGGAUGACACCAAGCCCAUGCUUCAAGACCCUAUACUGAGAUCCGACCCAAUUGAAACAGAGGAAGCUGUGCUGCGAUUGCCUCCAUUCUCAAUCCCCACCUCAACUUCCCCACCUCAAAUGUCCUAAAUCUUUACCUUUUAGGGUUUUAUUUUGGCUUUUAAAUUUUUUAAUUUUUGGGUUUUGAAAUAAAGGCAAUAUAGAAUUAAGAAAAUGAACCAGAAUUUUGUUCUACUGGGUUGUAACAUGUGUUCAAACAAUGGAAUAAAGGAUUUAGUCUUUUCUUUA